CACAUUCAGUUCUACAAACGCUCAGAACGUGUUCGGAUGUAACAACGAUUUAGCGGAAGGUUAGCGACAACUCGGUAAUAUCAUAACGAGUGUGUGCGGUGGCAAAGCCAACCGGCCGGUGAAAUGUUUUAACGAAAUUAUUAUUAUUAAUCAAUUGGUGUUUUCGGUGUAAACAAAAGAGUGUGUUGUUAUUCAAACGGUGUGUUAAUGAAGUGAAAGAAGUUGUGAGUUUCAAAAAGAAUGCAGAAAAUGCCAGCAUUUACCGGCUUAACAGAAGCCACAUUAGUUGACGCAACGGCAAACAAUGGCAAUACAAAAGUAAUUUCGCGUCUUUGAAGUGAGUUUCCAAUAAGAAAAUCGGUGCGCAUACACUUCUUGUGCAAUAAACAUCAAUAUUGAGGAACAGCGAUUAAUCAAAAUGAAUGUGCAAGAAAGAAAGAAAAAUAAAUAAAAGAGAAACGUGUGCGUGCGAAAAAGUGCAAAAAGUAGUCAAGAAAUGUAAUGAAAUUUGUUGAAAAAUAAUAAAAUCUAAUAAAAAUAAUCAAAUAAUUACAAUAACAUAAAGAAAAUCAAAAUUUGGAACUUCGUAAAAGUAGCAUGCCGCAAAGUUUCGGUUAAAUAUCCUUGAGAACCCGCAAGGACAACGCCUACAUUGUGUUUCACAAGUUCAUACAUAUGCUCAUGUGUAAUAACAACAAUAAUUAUACAUAGUUGUGAUCACAAUAACAACAUCAUUUGUCAACACUGGCGGCUGUGGCUGCAUUGGCACCGCCCCAUUGGAGCGUGUAGCAUUUGUAUAAGUUAUUAACGACGCAAUCAACGACGUGGGCGAUAUCAAUUACUUUGAUGGCAAUGUGUUUGCUACAACACAGCAUCUUAGUUCAACUACUAAUUAAAUAUCUGUUGAUCCUGUGCGAAAAUGGCUUAUUGACAACGAGCAAAACAACAGCUAACGCCAACGGUAAUAAAAUCAUCUCUGGACCAUUUAUGCAACUCGACAAACCAGAAACAACACGACUAUUAAUCACCAAGCACUACUCACAUCAUUAUCUGCCGUGCUACGCCAGCAUCGAGAAGAACUACUACUAUCUUAGCAACGAUACAAAUUAUUUUUACACCUGGUAUCGCAAUGACCAAAUUGUGGAGGCUCACAGUGGACGGAACGAGUUCAAAAUCUAUCGCAAUGGCACGUUACGCCUACCACCCAGUGAGCGCGCCGCUGGCGCUUACCGCUGCAAAAUCAACGUCAACACUACGGCCAUACUUUCGGUGCUCAUCACAGUGGAAUAUCCGGUACUCAAACGCGUAACGGCUUCUACAAACAUUACUGCUGAGGCGGGUCAACCGCUCGUACUCGACUGCCCGGUCGUAAGUGUGCCACCGGCAAAUAUUAGCUGGUUCUAUGGAAAAGUACCGUUAUCAAAGCAAUUCAAAGACAACAGGUAUUUAAUACUUGCCAAUGGCACACUGGUGUUACGGAAAUUGACUCUGGACGCAGCGGGGCGUUACAAAUGCUUAGCACAAAAUCAGUUUGCCUCCAAGACGCUGUUCCGAUGGGCCUUCAAUGUGUUCGAUGAUCCUACACCCACUAGCCAAAAUGAGCUCUUACCCAGUCUGCAGAAUGCGACGCAGUACGUUCCAGCAGGUGGCAGUUGUCUGUUACAUUGUUAUAAUCAGAUCGACGGGCCACUGAUUGAGUGGUGGUAUCGGAGCACAUUGAAUAAUGCGCCGCUAAAGAUCAGUAAUCACAGUAAUGAAAUUGUUAUAGAGAAUGCAAGCCAGUUAAAUCAAGGUUACUACAGCUGCAUAAGUGGGCGAAGUAAUCAGACUUUUCAUGUAAUCGUGACCGCACCGCCGGUGAUCGUUGAGCCACUUAUCUCCUACGAAAUCCUGAUAACCGCUUCUUUGCAAUUUCGUUGCAACGCCACCGGCAAUCCCCGGCCGGUAAUAAGCUGGUAUCACAAUGGGGUUCCUCUCAAAAGUUCCUACACACGCUACAUUGUUGGCAACGAAUUGCAUUUACACUCCUUCGAUCCGAUUGAGGCGGGCAUAUAUCAAUGCUUCGCACGGAAUAUCGCCGGAGAGGUGUACAGUGCGGGCGAGUUGCGUUUCCGCAACAAAGACGAUGGUUUGCUGCUGAAGAAUCCACUGCAGAAUAUACGCUGCUAUGCGCUCAGCUUUAAUACGAUCAAUGUGACUUUUGAAAGCAACUUUUUUGAGUCGCUCUUCAUUGUCCACAUUGUGCAAAAUAAUCCGCAUCGUUGGAUCUCACCAUUCGCGCCAAUGAAACUAAAUCAUACCUCACAUUUGGUCAUCUCAAGCCACCUACCCGUUUACCGUCCCUUUGAGCUGAUCACACGCGUACUAGUGCCGACCUCGGAGAUACGCUUGGCCAACAAGACGCAACAACAGACAAUACUCAGCUCAUUAAGAAGCCCACCGGUGACAUGCUGCACGCAAGGCUUACUCUUACACUUGGUGCACAUGGGCAAUGAUACCUUUGUCACUUGGUCACAGCCGGAAUUGAAGGGCAAGAAGUAUUUUAUACUCCAAUUCUCCGGCAAUCACACACAACCGCAUCCGCAGCAAUUGCUUAGUCAGCAUCUACGUGGUACUGUGCAGCACGUGGAUCUCACACAGGAGGAUGUCGCUCAGAAGCUCUGUGAUAUUGAAGCGCUCAAUGAAGCACAGACGCGUGCGGUCUUGAGGAGCGCUCAGGCCGGUUAUAUUGAUAACAACAGUCAUGUGGAGUUGGAGGAAGAAGUUUUCAGUUUGGUAGUGUUGUCCAAUGUAACGGGUGUUUUGUUGGAAAAUUUCAAUCGCAUAAAAUUACGCGUACUAAUUAUCACACGUGAAAAUGAACAUCUAAAGCAGGACUUCCGCUAUGUGCAAUGGAAAACGAUCGAGAACGACACCAACGAGCUCGCCAACACACCGUUUCGUCUCAGCAUAGUGGAGUCACGCAUGCUUACCUUUCACUUCCAUGAACAUUUCAAUGAAUCGUGCGUACACGCAUGUCACUGGCAGAUACAGUUCCCCAUUAUACGCAAAGAAGAGCCGAAAUGUGACCAACUGCCGAUAACCAAUUCACAAGUGGUUAUACGCGGUCUCAAGCCAUCCGAGCGUUAUCGUGUGAAUUUCUUCAGCUGCAAAACACAAACAUUCUAUGGACAAGUGGAUAGACAAACAUUGCCCGAUCCACCGGGAACGAUCAGCAAUCAACGCGUUAUACGACACAAUGGCCUAAAGCUGCUUUGGGAUCCGCCUUUGCAGCCAAACGGCAAAAUUCACCACUACAACAUACUGUGGACCUUGGGUAAUGUGACACACGAGGUCAACGUUUUGGACUGUACUGCAUGUUCCUUUAAGUUUCCGAACAUCUCCGAGACGGCGAAAAUCAAUGUAACUGUACGCGUUGUCGGCGAAACCGGUGUGGGCGCACCGAUUUUCAUUGACUUGCGUAGCAUAAGUCACCAUUCGCUGGAGAUAGAAUGCCCUUCAAGCGAAUCAGAGGUCUAUAGCGGCAUUAUUAUCGGCUCACUGCUCUCUGUGGUUUGUGUCGUUGUCUUCGCAUUGCUUAUCAUAUUUCAAAGACGACGCUAUAAGGCACGCACACAAGGACCCACACAUCUCACUUCGCCAUCAGAGAUGAAUUUCGGUAAUCUGAAUAAUCCCAGUAUACCUAGUGAAAGUGCUGGCGGCUUAAGCGGCAGCACCUUCCAACAGGAUUGCCACGAAAUGCAGACGUUGAUACCGAAAAGUGGACGUUAUGUCGACAUACAUGCCGCGCGUCCAAAAGAAUACCAAACCACGCAACUACCGAAUGGCAAUGGUAACGGUAAUGUUGUGCGACGUCAACUCACUGUCGAAGUGGAGCCAAAUCCCAAUGCCACACAGCACGAUUAUGAGUUGGAUGGGCGGGCGAACGUAUCACAGCUGCCGUUGUGCAGCUCAACGCCGGAAAAGGCACCACCGGAUGGUGCACAUCCCUUUUUUAUACCCUUCAAGCAGACGCCGCCCAAUACCGUGGCCACGGCGCUGCCCAAACAUAGUUCCUCAAGUAAUUAUGCCAAUAAUGGCGGUGAUGCUGGCGCUGAUGAUGCAAGCGGUUAUGUCGUGCCGCCCAACACGCUGCCACUCAUGUCAACGCCACCAACCACGCUGGCGGUCGGCGUAGCCGGCCAACAGCGCAGCGGCAGUUUUAGCAGUAGCAGCUGUGGCGGUAGUAGUGGUCCUAACGGUAGUCGUAGUAGUAGUAAUAGUAGUAAAAAACAGUUCCAUGCGAAUUACUCCAAACAUUCCAAAUCGAAUGAUGUGAUCUGUCUGCUCGCGGACGAAGAGGUCGCGGCAACAUUGACACCCACCAGCGAAGCUGCCGUAGCGUUGGCGCUAACAAAUGGUUUCAAGGCAGCAACAGUGGCCAGAACAGCAGCGAGUGCGCCAAUGGCAGGCGAUGCGGCAAGAAUAGCAACAACUAAGGCAGGCGCUGGGCAAAAGCCUGCAAUGCUGACCACAACUAUUGCCACCAUGCAUGCACCCAACCAAAAAAGUACUUCUACAAUUCUAGUUAGUCCCGCCAAUCAGCUGAAACGCGGCGCUUCGGUUAAGCUGAAAAAAUCCACUGCGGACAAUAAUAAGUCGCGCAACAAUUCCAUAGUUCCUGCCUUUGGAUCGAGGGCUGCCACGGGCAAAGCCACUGCUGCUACGGCGGCGUCAGCGAAUCCAUGGUCCACUAAAGCGCCGCCGUUUAACGCUAGUGCAACGUCAGCGUCUACGUCGGCGUCGAGCAGUAAUAGCAACGCUUUUAGUGUGGCGUUCAGCGGCGCGCAUCGUCGUCUCAACGUGGACCCAAACGGUUGAGCGCAUGUGCUCAGUAUAUAUAUACAUACACACACACCUACAAAAGCUAAGAAAAUUCAAGUUUCGCGUAAGUAAACAGUAAGAGUCAUUUCAGGGAGGCAAAAAUUGUGGAAAACGAAACACAUUCAGGAUAAAAAAUAGUGAUUAGGCGUCGCGCUGUGGACGCCGCCGAACAUGUAUCCGCGCAUGCGUGCGCUUUAAACCUACAAAAGCAGUAAAGAGAAACAUUCCAAAACCUAUAGAUUUAUAUACACAAACAUACUUAUACAAAAUAUUUAAAGAAAAAGAAGGUAGCAAUAGUUAUAGCAAUAGGCUUCCCGAUCCCAAAAAAAAAAAACACGUUAAAAAACUUUAGCAUAUUUUAUAAAUGUGCGAAAAUGGCUAUUCUAGCUGCUGCAAAGCGUUUAAUGGCUGAUGAUACAUACGUACAUAUACAU